CUUAUGCGAGGAAAAUCUCUGCACAUCGUUAACGCGUUUUCGAGAGAAAAAAUUCGAGAUUGAAAGUGUGACGUUUCGAAGAAAGUUGAUUGAGCAUUGAACGAAAGCUCCGGGUGUUAAUAUUUGAUCGUGAAAGAAAGAUUAGGAAGAGGACAAGGGAUCGGAGAAAAGUAAUCCGAGGAUUCAAGCGGGAUAACGCGUCAAGUGAUUAAGGACUGAAUUAGAAGAGACAGAUGGACACUGAUUUAAUUUGACGUGUCGUAUUGACAGAUAGACUUGUAUCGACAUCGAAUAAGAAAUUAGACGCCCGCGAAAAGAGUAAGUGAACGUUAAUCGAGAAGCCUGAUCGAGAGAAUUCAAAUCGGUUUAAUGGAAUGAUAGAUCAAUCGAGUAGAAAAGAGAUGCAUAUACAGCUAGCGAUAAAUUAAUGAAUAAUAAAAAAAAAACGAGGAACAUUUAUUCGGGGUUGCAUUAACGUCGCAAAUAAAGUAUGUUUUAUUGUGAAACACCGGAAGUCUCGGGGAGCAGCAAAUAACAUCGUCGAGUAAUCAAGGCAGCGGUUGAAUAAAUUGGAUCGUACUGGAUAUUACAAGAAUUGUCGAGAGAGAAAGAGAGAGAAAAAGAAAAAGAACGCUCAAGGAAGUUUGCCAUUAAGCUGUGACAAAGAAAAAGUUUUCUCUCCGCGAAGAAGGAAGAGGACGAUAAAUUUGCGAGACAUGUUAUAUAUUAACUUCUAUUUUGGAAACAAUGCGUGAAAAUGUAAAAGCGCCAACGUAUUUGUGAUAAAUUAUUUAUAAUUUUAUCUGGAAAAUCGAAGAAAAUGAUCGGCGCAUUGUUUCGAAAUGCUUCUGCCAAAAGUAAAUACGUUGGAAAUUUAGAUUUGCAUGCAAGAAUUUUCUCACGAAAUAAAAGCAGAGGAAAGUUAUUUCAUAAUAUAUAGUCGAGUGACUUCAAGUGUGCGUUUUCUUUUCGUGCGCAACUGCAUCAAAAAUAGGCGAGUUUUCACCGCGCCGAACAAUAAGCAUUUUUUUCGCGUGAAAGUGACAAGAUGAUGACAGUCUUUGGGAAAAAAAGACUUGUGUGAUUUUCGUGAGUGAGACAAAGGUUUGUCUGCGAAACGGAAGUCCAUCGCAAAGAAUGCUAAUUAACCCAAUUCCUCUCGAGGUGCUGCAUUACAAAACAGCAUACAUUUUAAUUCAUUGUAUUAUCGGUCUGUGUUUCCUCAAUUAAAAUGAUAUAUAGACUCAGUCAUAGAAAAUAUACAUGAAACCAAAAACUUAAAUUAAUGUACAUACUUUAAUGAGAAAAAAAUCUCUUUUUCCAUGUGUAAGAAGUUGGCGAAGCUAUUUUGAUGUAUGAUAUGGUACAAAUUGAUGAGCUUUGUAAUUUUAUGAAGUAUUCAUCGUGUUCAACGCAGCAGCUGCAGUCAGUCAUCAUCGAAUCUCUUCCUCGUGUAAAACGAGAAAUUUGCUGAAGAAGCGACGAAGGGACAUUUAAUUCGAAUCACAUCUUGGGUGGUCCUUACUCAAGGACUUAGUUGUCACUUGUACAUAUUUCUCGUGAUUGAUAUAUUACAUUUUCCGACGAUUUCGGACACAUUUAAAAUCUUAAAUCAUAGAAGGACGAUUAUAGUAAUCGACAAUUUGCGCGGGAAACCUAUCGAAGAAUGCAUAUUAUCCAAAGAAACACGCAUCGAAUUGAAGGGACAGGAGUUUGUUACCAUCGUUAGCUUCGUUCGAGGGAUCAUUCAGGGUGAAAACAAGGGACUCGAAGUGAAUUCGUGAAAGUAUUCGUCAGAGAUGGUCAGCCAACACGCGAUGGCCACCACUGUCCGCAAAGUUAAGCAGGAGAAUCGUCUCAGGCGGCAGAAUCAGAAUCAAGAUGAAGAGGGACCUUACAAGCCAGUGCCACCGCCGAAGCCGGUGUCGAACAAUCAAAAGAACAAUCAGGACGGUCAGCAGGACGAGCAACGGGAACAGACGGUAGUCGAGCGUUUGUCAUUGCGAACGACUUCCGGGCCGGAAAGGACUAGCGUCGCCGAGAACGGGCAGGUUCGAAGCGCGUCCGGGCAGCCCUUUGCUCCGGAAUACAGAAUGCCACCUUUGUACGGGGAGGAGCAGAGUUCGGGUCAGGCUCAACAGGCGGCCAGUUUGCAGACUCACAGCAGCAAGUUCCCGAUAGAACGCGAGUUGGUCCUGUCAUCGGGAGACAAGAAUUCCAAGAUUCCUAUUCUUCACGAGUACAAACAGAGGACUGCCGGAAGAGCCAUCGCGCCGGAUGCGCCGAUUAAGCAACAGGCCUGGGUUCAAGAGGGAACUCAGAUGCAGGAAGUGAGACAGGACGGUCAAGCGAGGAACUAUCAGUCACAGGACACCUACUCAUCGACAUCCGGCGCGGUACCGAGGACGAAGAUCGACGAGGAGAAGACAAAGUCACUAUCCAGGACUUACCACACCAUUAAGGACAUGAUCUCGAGCCGUUUUGGACCGAGUCGUAAGGAUGUUGAGCCGGAACCGGAAGCCAGUCUGAACAACGUUACGGAGGAGUUGCGAAAGUCGAGCAGAAGCAUCGACGAUGACGAAGCCAGGAAGAAGGAAGGAAUUUACGGGAAGCCUCGCGCUCAGGAACCGUCGGUUAACGUGCAGCAAUAUUCGAAAAAUGCUUACGGCCAGUAUGGUCACUCGUACGUCUAUCAAAGCAACCAGCAAAAUGUACCUUUGCCAGGCCAACUACAGCCGACCACGAGCAUUCAGCCGAAUUUACCGGGACAGAGCGCUCAGCUUCACGUGACCCAUCACACUCCACCAGGAGGAGUUCAAACGGUUCAUCAAACUCAAGUUUCUGCUUUUGGCCAAACCGCGACAGGUGCGCAGCAGGUGCAGAAUGUUACCAGAGAAUACGUGGUUCAGACACCGGGCGGUAUGACCGGCCAACAAAUGCAUCAGGGAGUCCACCAGAGUUCCGCGCAAGGACAGGGGCAAGGCACGCAAAAACCGCAUGGUCUGUCCGUUCAGCAGCAUCAAGUAAGUAACGCGAUGCCGCCGACGAGCCAAAGUUUCCAAAGUCCCCAGCAGUUGCUUCAUCAAAAUCAAAAUCAUCACCAGAGUCCGCGGUUUGCGCAGCAGCACGCCCAAAACUUGCAUCAACGUCAGCUGAUCCAGCAGAUGCAUCAGCAACAAAUGGCCGGACAGCCAAAUUCGCAAACAGCGGGCACGCGAAAUGUUCAGCAGUCGUACUUCGCUAAUAGCGUCUCCUAUCAACAAUACCAACAGGCCAGACAGGCCAUGUCGAGAUCGCAAAUCGAUCUUCCGAGCACGUCCAGACAGGCUCAAGAACUUCGUGUGUCGGGCCAGGAAAUGUAUUAUCAUUACGCUCAGGGUAGACCUCGAUACGGUGUUCCUCAGGUCUACAUGAAGACCGAGAAUACGCAAGAGACAGAAUUUCAGAGGCGGAAUUCCGCCAAGGGUAUCGAGAAAGCGGCUUCGCAACCGCAGCUCUGUUAUGAGGACGAGCGAAACGCUGAAGCCGCGAAGAAUCCCGCGGAGAAUAUGAAGAACCUCGCGGUGGAUCCAUUAGACAAGGAGAGAUACGAGAUUACAGUAGAGGAUCGAAAUCAGGGUGAAACGCCUGGAAGAAACGGAUCGCAAAGGAACGAGGAGUACCGUCCGGAGACUAGCUUUGGCAUACGGCGAGAUGAGACGCGAGCCUCGAAGAAGGAACAAGAGCAAGGAUCGUCGGGUCAAGAGGCAGGUGAAAACACAGCAGAGGGCAACUCUGUACAAAAAAGAAUCGAGGAGUUGCAGAAAAGAGCGGAGCAAGAGGGUCAUUUUAAUUCUAAACCCGCCAGCGACGCGGAUGGCUUGAGGGUCGGCCUUGCUACGAAAAUGAUCGGCGAAGCGUCGAAGAGGCUCGAGGGCGGGCAAUAUCCUGGAAAAGAGACCGUAGUGAAAUCGGCAAAUAGCAGGAAAGACGACCUGGAGCAAGGUAUUGGCCGCUUGAAGAUCCAGAAUCAAGGUUCCGGCUCGGAUUACGACAAGGCCGGUCAGAGUUCCUCGAAUGUCGAUUCCGGAAGAGGCUCCGCAAUUUAUUCAAGCGGAAGACGCCCGCCGCCCGAUGAUCACACUCUGGCACAAGUACAAGACUCCGAAUGGGUCGACAUAGUGGAGUCUGAGUUGAGGAGUAUUUUGGAGCCCAGGGACGUUCCAGCGAUGGCGCACUCUACCUUGUCCGAAAGUGUAUCUUCAGUGACACCACCUCUACCGCCGUUGUCACCCCAUGACAGCCCACGUACGCCGAGAAAUCGAUACUCAACGAGUUUACCGUAUGGAUUGAAACCAAAUUACAGCGAUUAUAGCAAGGCUAUGGAGAAGAGAGGUUUCUCGAGUAGCGUGAAACAUCGUGGCGGCUCGACAUCCAAGAAGGAAGCUGCAAAAAAGUUUUCUCAUCUUUUUGGAGUAGAAGCCGCUGAUUUAACAUCCACCACGACGGGACUUGAUUUGGAUUCCAUGUUAGAUAGGAGCGAUUCUGAUCUCAGUACUACCGACGCAAGAACAAUCAGGAAACAAUUGGAAGGAUUAGAAAAUAUGUACAGCGAAGUACUUAAAUUACUCGGCGGAAGCGUGAAAAAGAGACGGAAGGCAAGAGGACUUACUAGUUAUGGUUCCGUUUCAUCAUUGCCAACAUCGUCCGUGUCAUCCAGACCUGUCACGAGGCAUCAUGAUAAACGUAGAUCCCACGUGAUAGAUGACAGGAUGAAGAAAGCCAAAGACAUCAAGAGCAUCAACAAGCGUUUCCAGCGAUUGGAGUCGCAUGUGGUGACAUUGGCAAGAUCUGUGGCACACUUAAGUUCAGAAAUGAGGACUCAGCAUUUGAUGAUACAGGAAAUGGAGAGCAUAAAAUGCGAGAUUGCGACUCUCAGAACGCAAACGAGCAUGGCGAUGGUCAGGUCACAUUCGCAACCUCUGAUCAAGGAUUCGGAACUGCCGGCACUUUCCAAUCCUUCGAGGGUGAAGAAACUGACCAAGUUCUUCGGCACGGAGCCUCCUCUUAUCAGAUUAUUUCUGAGGGAACUUGGGUAUGAGAAAUACGCGACUGCUUUCGAGAAAGAAAAAGUCGGAAUGGUAGAGCUGCCUUAUCUGAGCGAGGAGAGGCUACAAAAGAUGGGAGUUCCUCUGGGUCCGAGACUGAGGAUCCUUCAGGAAGCGAGGAUUUCAGUAUGCAAAGAUCCGAUUUACGUAGUAUGAAUCUUACGGCGGGCGCAAACGGCGCGAAGAGAAAGGAAAAUUGAAGAAAAAAGAUCUGAAUCUGGAGAAAGGAGAAUGAGAAGAAUGCAAAUCUAGCGCGGAAUUCCUUUCCGCUAUUGAUUGACGAACGUGUCAAAGCGCUUCUUAUAUACAAAAGGUAUCCUCAAACUCGAAAACGCUGUAAGGAUCGUUUGAACGACAACCCUCUUUCUCGUUUGUACAAUCUACGCUCGCUAAAAUGCGCAAUUAUUUCACAAUGUGUUUGACAGAUAGAUUCGUUCUGUUGUAAGUUCACCUAGACUUGUAGAUUAAUUCCAGAACGAAGAGAUUAAUCCACGUAGACAGCUUAUAAAAUAGCAGUUUGAUCGAUAAAAAAAAUGCGCGCUCUCUCUCUCUCUCCCCCCCUCCUCUCUCUCUCUCUCUCACUUUCUCGCUCUCUCUCUCUCUGACGUACAUUAAAUUUUUUAAAAAUUAAUAUAAUGGAAAUAUAAAUUGUUUACAUUUAUAUAAAAAGUAUUGAUGUAAAUAAAUAUUGCAACUACGAAGAAUUACAAUUCUAAAAAAUCUUUUUUAAACAAUACAUUAUUUAUUAAUUAUAAAUAGCAUAUAUAUCUAUUAUCAAUAACAUUUACACAAUUUUUUCGAACAAAUAUUAAAAAAAAAAAUGUAAUAAUAAUAAUUGAAUAUUGAUUGCCUUAAUUUCUAAGAAUCCGUAUUUGCUUGACGCAUAGAUAUCAUCGUAAUCGUUCUUGAAAUAUUUCGCAUUUCAUUAUCGUAAACUGAUAACGCGUUUCUUUGAAUAUUGCAAAACGAUGUGCUUACGAAGUGGAAGUAAAAGCAUGAAUUCAUAAAUAAGAUUAAAGUUUAAAAUUAAAAAGAAAAAUUAAUAUUACGCGUCACAAAUUUUUUUCAGUUCACAUCGAAAGAAAUUAUGAGUGGAACGUAAAGAUAAUAACAGCAAAAAUAGAAAACUCGAAGAGCAUAACUUUAGAUAAGGGACUGCGAUUCGGUGGUUUGAAAGCCACUAAAAAUGUAAAUGUCUUUAUUAUCGGUACGUCCUUCUUGCUAGUUUUAAGAGAGAUCUAUUGUUAGACUGUAUUUAUCCUGCGCGAAGAAACGAGUAGAGAGAUAGAACGUAAAGAUGACUUGGCUCGCGAGAACCUUGACUGUUCCGCCUUCCCAGGUUCGUUAGAGGUGAUAAGAUUACUACGUAGAUUUAGAUUACGCGUACGCCACUGGACGCCGAUGAUGCGGCUCUACCAUGGGCGAUAAUUCGUGGCGCUGAUAAAGCUUGGCGAUUAGAGAAAAGUCAUGGACACUGGGAACAAUAAAUCACAAAGGUAUGUUUGCCAAAGAGACGUAGGUGUCGAGGUGGGAUAUAGAAGCCGAGAUUUUUUCGUUACAAAAAAAAAAUAUAGAUUUUGUAAUAUUUAUAUUUUGUACCGAUACUAUAUAUGACGCCAAUCAAAAACAUCAACACAACGAUAUUUUUGUCCGACUAUCGCUAGCAAAAAUUGAGUUUUAAUUUUCUUAGAAAUAACGCUAUGCGCUGUUUUCGGUCAAAUUUCUGGGACACCGUGUACAAAAACAUAAGAAAUAAGAUAAGUCACCGUAACAUCGAGAUUCUGUCAUGGGAUUCCCGAGUUUGCUGUUACGUUGUUGAAAACAUUCGUAUCUCUCGAUUAGUGUUACCUGAAUAAUGCUUCAUGCGCAAUUUGCAUGAUUUCUAAUGCUUGUUUUUUUUUUUUUUUUUGGAAUACACAUUAUUUAUAUAGAUCAGGCAUGUCUAAUGGCAUGAAAUAGCAAUGCUUUUUUGAUAUAUUCCUAUGCUCGCUUUGUAUUAUCCUAAAUUUCGGUCGCAUGGUAGCAUGCGCCGUGUAAUGUCGAUACCAAAGAAUCGAUACCUGUUCCCUUGUCGCGACGACAAUGACAACGAUAAUCGCUGCUCGUGAUUGCGAGUCACAUGGAGUCACGAGAAGACACACGCCACCACAUUUUGAUACUCGAGCAAUAGCGCUUCGUAUUCUCAUUCGAGGAUACAUAAAUUAUAGAUUUAUUAAUCAGCAAUGUAUUGGUAAUGCAUUGUUCAUAAAUUUAAUUAUAUGCAUUAUAUUUUCAGCGAUUAAUUUUGAUAAAUAUUUUAGGAAUAAUACGCAAGUUUUUUUAAGUUUCUAGUUGAUGCUAUGUAUUUUGAGUUCCACUUUGUUCUUUAUCAAUAUAUUAACAAUUGUACAGUUAAUUAGUUUUAUAAAUGUUUCUAUUAUUUUAUUAUUAUUAUUAUUAUUAUUAUUAUUAUUGUAUUAAUUAUUGUAUU